UUUGACAAUGUCCAUCAAAUGAAAACCGAAUCCAAAAUAUGUCCAAGUAAUGAAUGAAAACCCCAAUGUAAAGAAUGAAGAGAGUCCUCAAGAAAUUUUCGAAGCAGUGUCGGCUUUAGUAAAUGAGUUAAUCAACACACAUCCUGUAAGUUCCCAAACUGUAUCUAGUGCUAGUGCACCAUCAACAAGUAAUCCAACCCCAAAAAAUGCAAAAGCAAAUGUGCAAGCCUCCACAGUCCGACAUGAAAGAACUCCCCAACUCCCGCAAGUCUAUUCUAGGCAAUCGAACCUUUUACCGACAUACGAAAUAUUCAGAACUUCGACACAAUUCGCCGAAUCGCAAAGUGAUGUCGCCGUUGAACAAUAUUUGGCCCGUCUACAUGCAGCUAAGACAAGACCACCAGCACCAUCACCAUCACCCCCCUGUAUGCCCCCGAGCUACUCCACGGUAAUAAAGCAAGGACGUCCCUCGCUAGAUAUAAGAAGAGAUGUCAGGUCUAUGGAAAUGCAGCAUAUCAGUCCCUUCUCAAGAAUCCCUCCGCCCUCUUAUAACCAAAUCCAUCGUGACUGGUCUAGGGAAAUAAGUAACAAUUCUUCUGAAGAAAUAUUACUAGGGCCAGACCCUAUAUACAUAUGGUGCUCGCACUGUGCAACUGUUGUUAUCACAGUUACACAAGCUCAACGCUCAAAAUUUACACAUAUUACAGCUGCGGCGUUAUGUCUUUUUGGUUGUUGGCCUUGCGCGAUGUUACCCUAUUGCAUGAAUUCAUGCAAAAAUAUUUACCAUUAUUGUCCAGACUGUAAUUACUUAUUCGGGAUGUAUAGACCGUGGUGAUGUACUUUCAUAGUGUUUAGAAUAAUAAUUCUAGAA